AGUACUGUCUCGCAGUAACCACCUCCCUUUGUCGUUCUCGCUAAAAUCACCACCAUGGUCUUGUCUGAGCACGAGCAACGAUCGCAGAUGUUCCCUGAAGGAGAGUCCAAAUUCGCUGAGGCUUUCGUGAAGGUCUCCUUCGAGGACGACAUCGAGAAGGAGGGCGAUCCUCUCUUUGGUAAAUGGUCUCAUCACGGAAACGGACAGCAUAUCUCUCCAGAAAUUACUAUGACCAGAGCACUCCAACAGCUGUAUCCAAAACACACCAUCGUCAUGACUCAGGACUUUCGUGGAAGCCUGCUUAGCUUUCCUGCAUCUGUGGUCCAACCUUUGUCUCCGAAGGAACUGGUCACCAAUGCCACAUUCAUCCCACUUGCUAGAAAAGGUCCUAUUCCCGGCGUCAUCAUGGACUCCGUCUGGUAUGGCGCCUUUCGGAUGGCGUGGCGUGAAUACGACUUCAUCCUCUAUAUCCUCAAGUGGAGCAACGGUUUUGGUACCUACUCGGAGAAUUUCAUCCUGCACGAAGGUCCCGAGGCCCCCGCCAGGCUAUUACUUCUUGAGGCGGGUGCAUACGCGGAGAAGUUGCACAACGAGAUCUGGGUCUUCAACCAAGGAUUCUGGCAGAAGAAUGCUCAACUCUGGCAGGAUGUCCAGAGUGCGGACUGGGACGAUGUUAUCCUAGAGGAAGAGUUCAAGACGGCUCUGCAGAAGGAUAUCUACGGUUUCUUCUCUGCGGAGGGGACGUACAAAAAACUUUCUUUGCCUUGGAAGCGCGGCAUCAUAAUGCAUGGACCUCCAGGAAAUGGGAAGACCAUUAGCAUCAAAGCUAUCAUGAAGACUUGCGAUGCGAAAGGCUAUGCCCCGAUGUACGUGAAAUCGUUCAAAAGCUACAUGGGCGAAGAAGGUUCCAUGCUCGCCGUCUUCAACAAGGCUCGCCAAAUGUCACCGUGUGUUCUAAUCCUCGAAGAUCUGGACGCUCUCAUCAACGACCAAAACCGUUCUUUCUUCCUGAACGAGUUGGAUGGGUUGCAGGGUAACGAUGGCCUGCUCGUCAUUGGCACGACCAACCAUUUUGACCGGUUGGAUCCCGGUCUAUCGACGAGGCCCAGCCGUUUCGACCGCAAAUAUCUCUUCGAUGAUCCCGAGCUCCCCGCUCGUUUGCUCUAUGCGCAAUACUGGCAGGGCAAACUGAAAGAUAACGAGGACAUUGAUUAUCCCGACUCCCUCGCACAGAAGAUCGCAGACAGCACAACCGAAUUCAGCUUCGCAUACCUUAAGGAAGCCUUCGUCUCAUCCCUCGUCACCCUCCUAACCGACAAAGAAGACGGAAAAGACACCACCUUCGAAAGUGCUAUCACCAGCCAAAUCCGAACCCUGCGCAAACAACUCGACAAGAGCACCGAGACAGACAUCCUCGCCUCCUUGCCAUCCGUCCCAUCUACUGUUCCGGUCGCUCCAGUGACCUACGUCAACAAUGACAACGACAACAGCCAGUACAGCAACGCGUCGGACUCAGCCUUUGUCGACGCGUUGGCUGCUCAGUUCAACCAUAUGCAUACUGCAGUGCCCGAGUCGGGGUAUGGUGAUUCGACAGCGCCUCCAGCCAGCGCGAAUGGGUUCACGUCCGCUACGUCAGAGAGGGAUAUCAUCUCGGUUUUGCAUAACUUUGUGCAGAGAAUCGGAGGAAACAGUGUAAUUCCGGCUGCAGGAGGUGCGGCAGAUGAUGGUGGAUUCGUUGGGAACGCUUCAAGCUUGCUGGGCCAAGGUGGAGAGGAUGGAUUCUCUAUGAGACGGUGGAUGUGAGAAAGACUAUGUAUACCAGGUUAUGCUGAGGAGUGAAGAAGUUCUCGAUGAUUGUCUUUUAGGUCUAUGUACGAUGUUUCGUUUUGCUCUGGUCUGAAUACGGAUGUGGAUGGACUCUUGGAUGUACCGUGUACUCUCGAUCUGAAUAAAAUGCGAUUUCGUGCAAAGAAGGCAAUGUGGC